UAAAGAGUAGUGAACACUAUUUUUGAAAAUAUUCAUAUCCUUUAUUAUAAUAGGUAAUUUAUACUUGCUUCUAAAUCAUAAAAACCAUAUAAAUUUAUUAAUCAUUAUUUUUUACACUUGUGUUUUAUGUGGUCUAUCCGUCUUGGAAAGGGUGAAUUUAGCAUUUUUAUUGAUAAUAAUCGUUUUUGUCGGUGGUAUUAUGGUAUUGAUAAUGUAUACAGUUAUAAUAACAUCUAAUUUGCUCGUUAUAUGGAAUAUAAAAUGAAUCUGUACCUUUAUUUGUAUCAUUAUGUUAUCAGCAGACUGAAAUACAUCAAUUGGAAGUUUAAUGACGAUAAAUAUUUAUUUUCCUCUAUAUCUAUUAGUAAUACUUAUUAUAUAUUUGUUCAUUGUAAUAAUCGCUAGUUAUAAUAUAUUAAAAUCUACAAAGAACUUGAAUGUAUAUAAUUAAAUCUAAUAAUAAAUUUUCUAUUUUAUUGUUUUGUAGGAGCUUAGUUUUUUUUAUAUUAUUUCUUCUAACAAAUUACUUUAACACAACAGUCUUUUUACAAAUUAAUCUAGCUACGUUCUGUACUACUCAGUUUGAACUUGCAUAUGUUUUAGAUUGAGUAUCCAUAAGUUUUUUAUCAUUAGUAUUUCUAAUUUCGGGGUGUGUUUUUAUAUUCGGAGAUGUCUAUAUAAAAGAAGAUGUAUUUCAAGCUCGAUUUUUUAUUAUUCUUCUUACCUUUGUAAUUUCAAUAUGUUUAUUAAUUGUGUCCUCAUCUUUCUUAACCAUAUUAAUAGGGUGAGAUGGGUUAGGAAUCACGUCGUUUGCACUUAUUAUUUAUUACAGGUCUUUUGAAUCAAAACAGGCUGGGUUUAAAACACUACUUACUAAUCGGGUUGGGGAUGUAUUAAUUAUACUGAGUGUAUUCAGAUUUUUACAAAAUGGUACAUAUAUAUUAUCAGUAAUAAGUACAACCUGUUUGUUUUUAUUAUUACUCGCUAGACUUACAAAGAGAGCUCAAUAUCCAUUUAGAUCGUGACUUCCCGCUGCGAUAGCAGCACCAACUCCUGUUAGAGCUCUAGUUCACUCCAGGACACUAGUAACCGCUGGUAUUUAUUUGAUAAUUCGUAUCAUAAUUAUUUCUGACUUUAGAGAGUUCACAGGUUCCAUUUUAGUAUUCUUAGGAGCAGUAACAUCUAUCUUAGGAAGAUCAGCUGCUGUAUUUGAAAAUGAUCUUAAAAAAAUCAUUGCCUUAUCAACAUUGAGUCAACUAGGUGUGAUAAUGUUUACUGUUGGAAUGGGAUACCCGUUAUUGGCUUUGUUUCACUUAUAUAUACAUGCUUUAUUUAAGGCUAUACUCUUCAUGGCGGCUGGAAAUAUUUUGAUAAUUUCUUUUGGGUGUCAAGAUUUACGCCUUCUUGGCGGUGUAGGGAUAUUAAGUCCACUGACGGGGGUAAUUAUUAAUGUAAGUGGACUUUCAUUAUUGGGCAUUCCAUUUUUAAGUGCAUAUUAUUCUAAACAUUCUGUUAUAGAGAAAAUAUUUACUACUAACAUUAAUAUGUUAUCCUUAUGGUUAAUGGCUAUCGCAACAGUUUUUACCUUUAUUUAUACUCUACGUAUGCUAUACUGUAUUAGUUGAAGUAAGAGCGGUUUAAUCAUCGGUUCUGUAAACACAUCAAAAAAGAUUUAUUUACCUAUGAUCAUACUUGGUUUAUGUUCUGUUCUUUUAGGAAAAUUUUACAGAUCAUUUGAUUUUUCGGAUUUAGAACCUAGUGUGUUACCAGUAUAUGGAUGACUAUAUAUUAAUCUGUCAGCACUGUUAUCUUUAUGUUUAUUUAUAUAUGUAUUUAAAGCGGGAAAAAAAAACACUAUGCUGUUAAGUAGCUUGUUUUAUUUAAGCCCACUGUAUUAUAAAUCUCCUUAUAUCUUAUUCAUAUUACAUAAAAAUCUAGGCUAUUUAGAUAAUGGUUGGUUAGAUAUAGGGAGAAAAAUUAAUUUAAUUAUUUCUAAACGAUCGCAUAUAAUUAUAAAAUAUUUUAAAUGACCCUCUUAAUAUUAUCUAAUUUAUUAACAUGCUUAUGUAUUUUAUUAGGAGUAGCUUUUUAUACGCUACUUGAACGAAAAGUAUUAAGAUACAUUCAGAUUCGAAAAGGACCUAAAAUAAUUGGCGUGAUAGGACUAUUGCAACCUAUUUCUGAUGCAGUGAAGCUUUUUACUAAAGAACUGUUGUCACCAUAUAAAGCUAACUACAUAAUGUACUGGGUAAGACCUAUAGUGGCUUUUAGUUUGGCAAUGAUGUUUUGAAUAAUGUAUCCUAUACCCAGCGGCACAAGAACAUUAAACUUGUCCAUGAUUAUUUUCUUAGUAUUAUCCUCAUUUAAUGUAUUUGGUAUUAUAAUGUCCGGAUGGGCUUCCAAUAGAAAAUACGCUUUUUUGGGAGCCAUGCGGGCAAUGGCACAAACUAUCUCUUAUGAAGUGAGUUUUGUUUUUAUUGUGUUCUUUGUAGCUUUUUUAUCGUCUAGACUAAGGAUUGAAGAGAUUAAUUCUGGUUUUGGGUACUUAUUCCUGUUCUUCCCAUUAUUGAUAAUUUUUAUGAGUAGUAUAAUAGCUGAAACUAAUCGAGCACCUUUUGAUUUUGCAGAGGGUGAGUCAGAAUUAGUGUCUGGAUUUAAUAUUGAAUAUGGUGGAGGCAGAUUUGUUCUUUUAUUCUUGGCAGAAUAUUCGAACAUUUUAUUCAUAUCUGUUCUUGCAAGGAGAGUUAUCUUUCCCAACACCCAAAGAGUAUCAUUUCUAGCGAGGUUUCAGUUUACUGCCAUUUCUUUACUAUUUCUAUUUUCACGAGGAGCCUAUCCUCGACUGCGUUAUGACCUAUUGAUAAGCUUGUGUUGAAAGUGCUAUCUACCAGUAUCUAUGUGUAUUAUUAUCAUAAUUUGUCCUAUCAUUUAGUCA